AUGAACCGCACCGCCUACACUGUGGGAGCCCUGAUUCUCCUCUUGGGGACCCUGUUGCCUGCUGCCGAAGGGAAAAAGAAAGGGUCUCAAGGGGCCAUCCCUCCGCCAGACAAGGCCCAGCACAACGACUCGGAGCAGACUCAGUCCCCGCAGCAGCCGGGUGCCAGGAACCGGGGGCGGGGCCACGGGCGGGGCACUGCUAUGCCCGGGGAGGAGGUGCUGGAGUCCAGCCAGGAGGCCCUGCAUGUGACCGAGCGCAAAUACCUGAAGCGAGACUGGUGCAAAACCCAGCCGCUCAAGCAGACCAUCCACGAGGAGGGCUGCAACAGCCGCACCAUCAUCAACCGCUUCUGCUACGGCCAGUGCAACUCCUUCUACAUCCCGCGACACAUCCGGAAGGAGGAAGGCUCUUUCCAGUCCUGCUCCUUCUGCAAGCCUAAGAAAUUCACCACCAUGAUGGUCACGCUCAACUGUCCCGAACUGCAGCCGCCCACCAAGAAGAAGAGGGUCACACGUGUGAAACAGUGUCGCUGCAUAUCCAUCGAUUUGGAUUAAGCUGGCACGCCCAGCCUGUCCUAGGGAUGCAGC